GUCUUCGUUGUCUCGGGCUUCUGCUGUUCUGAAUAUUUGUGAUAUCUGCCAUGGCAUGCGUCCGCUUGUCAAGCGGCCGGGAGGUGAUGACAGGGGAAGAGUUCGAGGAAUGGUGGCAAUCAACGCAGGAAGGGCGGGACACUGGUGCAGCUUUCGUAGAUGUGCUGAGGCAACAUCUGGCAAAGCAGAUGCACCUGGGCCAUUUCAGGCGUCUGAUCUUGGUGUGCGAUGACCGCGUGCUUGGGCACGACGCUUUAUGGAACAGCACCGACGCCCUGGUGGCAAUCUUGCGACCCUUUGCGACUGCGCAAGAGGCGGACUUAUUCGCAACAACCCACACGGGAGACUGCGAAGGGCUGAUACAACUGCUGGAGAAGCCUUCUGACCCAAAUGCGACUGCGAGAAGAGGGCUCGGCACCACCCUCCUGGGCGAUGCUGCCGGGCGUGGCCACACGCGGAUCGUGCAAUGCUUGCUGGAGGCUGGCGCUGACAAGGACAAAGCUGACAGCAAUGGAUUCAGCCCCCUGCAUAUUGCCGCAAUGACAGGUCAGGCACAGGUGCUGGGCUGCUUGCUGGAAGCCGGUGCUGACAAGAACAAGGGCGAUGAUGACGGACUUACUCCCAUGCAUCAUGCUGCUUUGAGAGAGCAUACGGAAAUUGUGCAUUGCUUGCUGGAAGCCGGCGCUGACAUGGACAAAGGCGACAACGAGGUAUGCACGCCUUUGCAUUAUCUCGCGCUGAAAGGAAACGUGAAAAUGGUACGGUGUUUGCUUGAGGCAGGUGCGAACAGCCAAAGCAUCGACAAUUGUGGCCUUACUCCCCUGCACCAUGCAGCUGCAAGAGGGCGCAUGGAAGCAGUGCUUUGCCUUAUGGAAGGUGGCGCUGACAAGGACAAGGGUGACAAGGAUGGACUUAGUCCCAUGCAUCACGCUUGUGUGAAAGGGUGUACAGAAGUUGUGCGUUGCUUGUUGGAAGCCGGCGCUGACAAGGACAAAGGUGACCACGGCGGAUGUGUGCCCCUUCAUUUUGCUGCCCGAAAAGGCCAUUUGGAAUUGGCAUGUUGUUUAGUGGAUGCCGGUGCUGACAAGGACAAAGUUGACGGUAAUGGACUUACUUCCAUGCAUCAUGCUGUUAUGGCAGAGCGUUUGCAAGUUGUUCGCUGCUUGCUGGAUGCCGGUGCUGAGAAGAACAAAGGCGACAAUUCUGGACGCGCGCCUCUGCAUUUUGCUGUCCUAAAAGGCAGCGUGGAAGUUGCAAGUUGUUUGGUGGAAGCCGGCGCUGACAUGGACAAAGGCAACAAUGAUGGUCUAACUCCCAUGCAUUACGCUGCUAUGGGAGGGCAUGCGCAAGUCGUGCGUUGCUUGCUAGAAGCCGGCGCUGACAAGGACAAAGGCGAUGAUGCAGGAUGUGUGCCCCUACUUUUUGCUGCCCGGAAAGGCCAUGUGGAAGUGGUACGUUGUUUGCUGGAAGCCGGCGCUGACAAGGACAAUGGCGACAAUGAGGGACUUACCCCUCUACUUCUUGCCGCUUCAAGCGGCCACAUGGAGGUUGUGAGGUGCUUGCUAGAAGCGGGCGCCAAGGACAAGCGGGCCUUCCAGGCGGCGGAGCGGAAUGGGCACAUGGAAGUGGCGCAUUUCUUGGAGUCGGAAGGCCCCAAACCCAAGCGGAGACGGGUCCAAACGGAUCAAGAUCAGGACAAAGACUCCUGAGG